CUGCUUCCGGUGACGUCCUCCGCGCGGCUUCGGGUUUCAGUUGGUUUCGCUGAGUCUCCAGCUGCUUCUGCAGCUUGUUCGUGUCUCUCAGCCUCCCAGGUCCUUCUUAUCUCCCGGACUGGCCGCAUUUCAGCGCAGCGCAGCAGAAAUGAGCUUUCUGUCCAGAACUUAGAGGGUUUCUCCUCCGAACUCUGUGUCCUCGCCUGAAGAAGCCAGAACCCCGCCCCCUUUUGCUAACAUGAGAAGUCGAAGCAAUUCUGGGGUUAAACUGGACAAUUAUGCCCGGAUAGUGCAUCAAACUAUCCUGCAACACCAAGAUCCAGUGACCGGCCUUCUUCCAGGGAGCAGUGACCAUCCUGACGCCUGGGUCAGGGACAAUGUCUACAGCAUUGUGUCCGUUUGGGCCCUCAGUCUGGCCUACAGGAAGAACGCGGACCGCGAUGAGGACAAGGCCAAGGCCUACGAGCUGGAGCAGAGUGUGGUGAAGCUGAUGAGGGGUGUGCUCCAGUGUAUAAUGAGGCAGAUGGACAAGAUAGAGAAGUUUAAAUACAGCCGGAGCACCAAGGACUCGCUCCACGCCAAGUACAACACCAGGACCUGCGCCACCGUCGUCGGGGACGACCAGUGGGGCCACCUGCAGGUGGACGCCACCUCUCUGUUCUUGCUCUUCCUGGCUCAGAUGACUGCCUCAGGCCUUCAUAUCAUCUACACUCAAGACGAAGUGGACGUGGUUCAGAAUCUCAUGUUCUACAUCGAGGCGUCCUACAAAGUGGCUGAUUAUGGGAUGUGGGAGAGAGGAGACAAAACCAACCAAGGCAUCACAGAGCUGAACGCCAGCUCCAUAGGCACCGCUAAGGCGGCUUUGGAGGCUCUGGAUGAACUUAACCUUUUUGGAGCAAAAGGAGGUCCUGGAUCUGUGGUCCAUGCUCUGGCUGAUGACAUACAGCACUGCCAAUCCAUCCUGACUUCGAUGUUACCCAGAGCAUCCAUCUCUAAGGAGGUGGACGCAGGAGUCCUGGCCAUCCUCACCUACCCCGCCUUCGCCGUGGAGGACAUGAGCAUAGUCAACAUGACCAAGGAGGAGAUCAUCUCCAAACUUCAGGGUCGAUACGGCUGCUGCAGGUUUCUAAGAGACGGCCACAAAACUCCCCGAGAGGACCCAAACAGGCUGUAUUACGAGUCGGCUGAGCUAAAGCUGUUUGAGAACAUAGAGUGCGAGUGGCCUCUGUUUUGGACGUAUCUCAUACUGGACGGCAUUUUUAGCAACAGCCAUGAGCAGGUGCAGGAGUACCAGGAGGCGCUGGAGGGGAUCCUGAUCAAACAGAAGGAUGGGAUCAGGCUGCUGCCAGAGCUCUACAGCGUCCCUCCAGAAAAGGUGGAGGAAGAGUACAUGAACCCUCACUCCGUAGAAAGGAUCCCGAUGGGGAAAUGUCCCCUGAAGUGGGGACAAUCCCUCUACAUCCUCGGAAAACUUUUAUCUGAGGGUUUUCUUGCCCCCGGAGAGAUUGACCCUCUUAACCGACGGUUCUCAACGGUCCCCAAGCCUGAUGUAGUUGUUCAGGUGUCCGUUUUGGCUGAGACGGAGGAAAUCAAGGAGCUGCUGAUGAAGAACGGUAUAAACGUGGAAACGGUGGCUGAUAUCCAUCCCAUCCACGUUCAACCAUCCAGGGUCCUCAGCCACAUCUACGCCAGGCUCGGCCGCAACCCAAGGCUAGGUCUGACGGGGCGACCCUACAGAAGAAUAGGAGUGCUCGGAACGUCCAAGUUCUACAUCAUCAGAAAUACCAUCUUUGCUUUCACACCUCAGUUUAUCGACCACCAGCAGUUCUACUUGGCUCUGGACAACAAGAUGAUUGUGGAGAUGCUGAGGAAUGAGAUCGCCUACCUCUCGUCUAGAUGGAGGAUAACUGGACGACCAACAGUCACCUUCCCCAUCUCCCAGACUAUGCUGACUGAAGACCGUUCUGAUCUGGACCCUGCAGUCUUGGCUACCCUGAAGAAGUUACAGGAUGGAUAUUACGGAGGAGCAAGGACCCAGACUGGAAAACUGUCGGAGUUCCUGACCACUUCCUGCUGUGCUCACCUCAGCUUCCUGGACGGUAAGGGUUCCGGCAGCAUGGGCCGGCACGGCGACCAUUAUGGUGAUGAUGAUGAUGACGGCGAUGGAUACGUGCAUGAAUUGCGUAAUGAUGAUGAAGCGGACGACCUCGCUCAGUAUCUGGACCACCUGCUGGCGCACUCUGUCCCCAAGAAGUCCAAGCGUCAGGCGGGAGGCCUGGGAAGGUUCAAAGCUGUGGCCACCAAAACCAAAGAGAUGGUUUCCCUGAUGAACAAAGCUCAGGAUCUGAACAUUCAAAAUGUCAACAUGUACCUGCCGAGCAAGCUGUUUCGUUCUUCUCAGCCGUCGCUCAACCUGAACCUCCCAGACCCCUCUGAACCACAGGAGCCUCAGAGCUCUGAGGUGUCAAUUAGCGUGGAGAGCGGGAUCCCCAGAGACGAGAGCGGAGCCAUCGACUACAAUGCUCUGGUGCAGCUGCUGAAAGACACGAAAAGCCUCCCGGACCAGGCAGACAUACUCUACAUCCUCUUCAAAGACAAAGGUAUGGAGUGGGACACCGGGCUGCAUGGGAAAGGCUCCACAGUCAAAUCUCUGCUGAGCGAACUUUAUGAGAAGGCUGGUGACCUCAAGCACUGGGGCCUCAUCAGGAUGAUAUCAGGCAUGCUGAAGAAGAAGGUGGAGGAGCUUGACUCGGCGUGCUCUGAUUUGUUGGCGCACCAGAAGCACCUGACAGUGGGUCUCCCUCCUGAGCCGAGGGAGAAAACCAUCACGGCCCCGAUCCCUCCGGACCAGCUAGCUGCUCUCAUCGACGAGGCCAGCGACAACAACAUCAGCGUGGCCAUCCUCACCCAGGAGAUCAUGGUGUACCUGGCAAUGAGCAUCAGAACCCAACCCAGUCUGUUUAGCGAGAUGUUCCGGCUGCGUAUCGGUCUCAUUAUCCAGGUUAUGGCUACUGAACUGGCUCAGUCUCUCAACUGCUCAGGAGAGGAGGCCACGGAGAGUUUGACGAGUCUCAGUCCGUCCGAGCUGAAGAAUCUGCUGCACCACAUCCUGAGUGGGAAAGAGUUUGGAGUGCAGCGCAGCGUAAGGGAGGUGGAUGCUGGGGUCAGUCCUGCUAUCUCCAUCCAUCACCUAGGCAACGCAGGAGCCACCAAGAGCGAGAGAGCGGGCAUCAGUAAGCUGAAGAGCGACAUGAAGAUGCUGGAGCGCAGGUUGUCUAUGAUGGACCCCAGUAAGUUCGACCAGCCAUUGACGCCUACUGAGAAGGGCGCCCGAGCUCAGUCAAUGGACAUAGAAAGCAUCGAAUCUGGGAGGUACAGGCUCCCGUCUGUAGAGUCUCUUGACGUUCCAGACAGCUUCCCCGGUUCCAAGGACUCCAGACACGGACAGUGGCUGCGCAGGAGGCGUCUGGACGGCGCGCUCAACAGGGUUCCAGUUGGCUUCUACCAGAAAGUGUGGAAGAUCCUGCAGAAGUGCCACGGUCUGUCCAUAGAGGGCUUUGUCCUGCCAUCUUCAACCACCAGAGAGAUGACCCCUGGAGAGAUAAAGUUCUCUGUCCAUGUGGAGACGGUGCUGAACCGCGUCCCCCAGCCUGAGUACCGACAGCUCCUGGUUGAGGCCAUCCUGGUCCUCACCAUGCUGGCCGACGUGGACAUCCCCAGCAUCGGCUCCAUCAUUCAUGUGGAGAAAAUCGUCCACCAGGCCAACGACAUGUUCUACAAAGAUCAGAAGGACCUGGGAGCAGAAGAACACAUCCUGGAAAAGGACCCGUCCACAGGAGUGUGCAGGCUGCUGUACGACAGCGCCCCCAGUGGACGCUUUGGGAGCAUGACCUACCUCACGAAAGCUGUGGCAGUGUAUGUGCAGGACUUCCUGCCCAGUGGGGCGUGUGCAGUGCAGUGAUGGUCUACAAGAAAAGAAAAUAAUCUAGAGUGUUUAUGAUAAAGUCAUAAAUGAAUAGAGAGGAUUGAGAAAAGCAGAGAAUCUUUAGGAUGUCGAAGGGGUCGAAGCCAAACGGCACUCUGUCAUGUUUCUACCUUUAGUUGGGUUUUUCUUUUUGCAAGCUUGCAUUUUUAAGAAAGUGCUCUUAUGUAAUGAACAACCUCCGCUUUAUUAAACCGUAUCCACCACCUUUCAUCCCCUUUAAUCUGCACAGGAUUUUUAAUUUUCUUUUGUACCUGCAGAAAUGAUCAAAUUAUUAAGACCAAACUCACAAGCAGAUCCUAGCUAUAUGCUCUUCUAAUGCGUUUAGGAUACUGUACAAGUUAAAGUACACAAGAUAAGUGUAUUUUUACUUCUAGAUCAAAUGUUUCAUCAACCUAAACUGUACAGCUAUUAGAUAAAAGGGAAACUCAUCCAGCCUAAAAUAAAUCCAACUUUGACUGCUAAUACAUUGUAGAUUUGAUGCUAAGGUGUCAUUAAAACUGAAAAAAAGAUUAAUAUGCUUCUACUUGAUACAAAUUUUCAUAUCUAAUUAUUUAAUAUUUUGUAUUAGGAGUUAGAAGGGGUUAAAUUUAGGCAAAAAAUGCUAAUGUGUCCCUGAGAUUAGCGCCAAAAGGGAGCUGCUAUCUUUAGCGGUUAGCUAAAGUUAGCAUCUAAGGGUUAUUAAUGUUCUUUCAGUGCUUGAGAUUUACUAUUUUCUUUUUGACCACUUAGCCACUUUUUCUUUUUUUUUCUACUGAAAAAGCAGCAGAUAAAUUAUUUAAAGUUGAUACAGAAGCACCAACAAAGCCUUUACUAGAGUUUUGUCGACUAGCUUAUCACGUCUUUGCUAGCGGACUUCUAAACUACUCUAUUACUUUAUAAUUUCAGAAUAGGAGUUUAGCAGUUUGUUGUUCUGUGCUUGUUUUUGUUUAGUUUAUUAUUUUUUUUUUCCGAUCAAGUUUCUUGCUGACAGAAGCUGGACUGAUUAAGACUUUACUCUCACAGGAAGUUUACUAUUUAAUAUGAGGAGAUGGUGUUACACCCCUACUGCACUGCAACUGUUCAUUUCUGAGUUCUUCCAACAAAUAUUCAUGCCUUACAUUGUUGUUGUGUAAUGCAUAAAGAACAAGCUGUGCAUUUAGUCAUUAUAAAAAAAAGUAAAAUGCCAAAUAAUACAUUUACCACCUUCAGUAUUGGUCCUACUGUUCUGAUACCAACUCUUUUUUAUUGAAUUUAAUACAAAAGCCUCAAAGAUUCCCAUGUCUUCACAUCAUUGUUGUUGUUUUUUUUAACAGACAAUGCCAAUUUUUAUCCAGAGUAAUGGAAAUUACCCUCAGACUAACCCCUAACGAGACUGCGCUUCCAUUCAUGUGUGUUAUCUUUAUUGACCGAACCAUUUCAGAAUAGCUAAUCUACGGUUUAUCAUGCAGAACAGUUGUAGCUCCACCGCUAAGGUUCUCCAAUUGACUGCAAUGUAUAUAAAUCUGUAUGUUCUAUUUAUUUAGAAGUUAUGAGAUUUUAAGAUUGUAACACGACUAAAAGGAGACCGGAGUUGUCUGAAAGGGCUAAAAAACUGUUGCACUCAAGUACUAUAAUGCUGUUUUUAGUUUUUACUGUUGAAAGCAGCUUUUUCAAUCAGCAGUGAUGAGAACCGGCUCAUUUGCCGCGUUAGUUACUAGUUUGCAGCUUGUAGCACGCUGCAGCUAUGCGGCGCUCCUUUUAAACAUAAGCUGUGAUAUCGUCUUGACUUAAGUGCUGCUGUAGACUGAGCUGUGAGCUUGCUUAAAGUCAGACUGCCAGCAGUUUACGCACAUCUGUUUAUGUUACACUAUAUUUGCUCAUUUUAUGUGUGUGACCUGGAAAUGUCUGUUGGUUUAGAAGCUUGAUGUUAAAUAUGUUGAGAGUAGAUGAGCAAUGAAGUGAAUGUAGGUAAAGAACAUAGCUAAUUGCACCUCUCAUCCCUAAACUUUACAUGUCUUGUUUUUGUGAUAUUUAAGCACACUCCUUAAUAACUGUAGUAGUGAUGGAAUGGGAAUGAGUCUGUAUCUUCUGAUUGAGGUGCUUUUUAACUGUUUAUGAGACUAAAUCUGUAAUAAAACAGUCAAAUCUA